UGAUCACAUUCUCUCAGAAGAAGGAAAAAGGAGAAACGCAUUAAUAGGACUACAGCGAUCAACUAACUACUUGAGAAAAUCUGAAGCAAAAUUUGUUUUCUGUACUUGGAACUUGGAAGAAAGAUUCAUGGCUUGUGUUCAGAACACACUCUGCUUCGUUGCAGCUAUACUGCUACUUCACCAGAAGACGGCCACCUCCGAUUUCCUCUCUCCUCUGCUCUCUCCUAUGUUCGAUGAUAUAUGCAAGGAAGUGCAAUGUGGGAAAGGGAAAUGCAAAGCAUCUUUAAACUCAACUUUUAUGCAUGAAUGUGAGUGUGAUAAUGGUUGGAAGCAGUUCGAUCAUAACCUCAAGUUUCUCCCUUGCGUCACCCCCAACUGUACCUUUGAUCUAACUUGCGGUGAAGCAGCUUCUCCAGCACAGCCCAAAACGCCUCCCAAGGACACCAAUGCUUCAGUUUUCGACAUUUGUCACUGGGUGGAUUGUGGAGGAGGGGUUUGCAACAAGACAAAUCCGUUUUUAUACAGCUGCCAUUGCCGUGAAGGUUACAACAAUCUUAUGAACAUCACCACAUUUCCUUGCUUUAAGCAAUGUGCACUUGGAAUGGACUGCUUGAAUCUUGGGAUCCCUCUGUCCAACGCAUCAUCGUCUUCUCCACCUGCUCUGCCUGAUAGCAGCAAGAAUCAAGCAACAGGAUUGAAUAUAAGAGGAUCAUCGUUAUGGUUUAUAACAUAUUUGCUCUGCGUCUCCCUAGCACCAUGGAGGUUGCUCUAUAUUUGAUCACUUUAUUACUUUAUGUUUCACAUUUUGUACGGAUAUUGUUCGGUACUGUUUUGUAUUUCUUUGUUUCUAUAUAUUCUAUUUUACUCAUCUAUUCAUCUU